AUGGCAAUUGAAAAGCUUGAUCGUACUAAGGCCUAUCAAACUAUUGAUGAUCCACUAAAGGGAAGCACGGUGCUACCUGGCAAAUGGGUUUUUGAUAUCAAAUGUGAUAAAGAAGACUAUAUUACCGAGUUCAGAGCUCGAUGGAGACCAGGUUUCGAUUUUGACGACACCUAUGUACCGGUUGCACGGCCAGAGAGUAUAAGGCUGUUCCUCUCUAUGAUUGACUAUACUACUGCCUAUCUUAAUGCCCUGAUUGACGAGAGGUGCGUCUUUAUGAGAUUACCUACGGGGUAUGAGACACCGGGCAAAGUUUGUAUGAUCAACUAG